UGAUCUGCGACCGGGUGACGGCAAGGGGGGGGGAAGCCGCAAUUGUUGCCAGUCCGCAUUUGCUGCAUUUGCUGCGGUUGCUGCAUUUGUCCUGUGCUAUUUUCUCCCGCUGCGGCCGGCGUGACCUGCCAACUUCGCCUACCGGUCCGUAUCCAAAUUUCCCUCUUCUUCCUUUCCUUCUUCCAGCUUCAACACCUCCCCCAGACUCCUCCCACCAGGCAGUGCGUGUUCACCCACCCCUUUGCCGACAAUCCAACCAGACUUACUCCGCCGCUCCUUUGUCCCUCGCCGAGGUCGUAGCAUCUCGUCUCUUGGUAGGAGUUUAGUUUAGUCAUCUCCCAUGGGCGUCUCCUCCCGUUCCGAAAUAGAGAACAGAUCGUUAGGAUAUUUCUUGCCGCCUCCGUCCGAGUCCUAAUCCAUUUUUCCCAGCUGUCAAAGCAUUAGCCUGGCGCCAUGCUGAGAAGCUCCCUCCGAUCCUCCAGCAGCCGGCUCCUGAGAGCUAGCUGCCGAACCUCGCGAUGCCUCUCCCCGGUCUCGAGAUGUUCUUCCCUCCCCACCGCUCGCCGGCCCCUUGCCGUCGCCUCCCAGCUCCGACAUGCCUCGAACACGUCGUCACCGCCCUCUCCCAACGACAACUUCCUGUCUGGUAGUACCGCGAACUACAUCGACGAGAUGUACCUGCAGUGGAAAGAGGACCCAGAGAGCGUCCAUGUGUCCUGGCAGGUGUACUUCAGGAACAUGGAGAGCGGCGAGAUGCCCAUCCAGCAGGCCUUUACGCCGCCUCCGACGCUCGUUCCUCACGCGACGGGAGGUGUUGGCCCGGCCGUGAGCAUGGGCGUCGGGCAGGCGUCCGACAUCACCAACCAUCUCAAGGUCCAGCUGCUGGUGCGCGCGUACCAGGCUCGCGGCCACCACAAGGCCCAGAUCGACCCCCUCGGCAUUCGUAACGAGCAAAAAGGGUUCACCAAUGUCAAGCCUAAGGAGCUAUCCCUCGACCACUAUCAAUUCACCGAAAAGGACCUCGAUAAGGAGUUUACGCUGGGUCCGGGAAUCCUGCCGCGUUUCAAACGGGAGGGCCGAGAGAAGAUGACUCUGCGCGAAAUCAUUGCCGCCUGCGAGAAGAUCUACUGCGGCUCCUACGGCGUCGAGUUCAUCCAUAUCCCUGACCGGGGCAAAUGCGACUGGCUGAGGGAGCGUGUCGAGGUACCGCAGCCGUUCAAGUAUUCGAUAGACGAGAAGCGCCGGAUCCUCGAUAGGUUGAUUUGGAGCUCUAGUUUCGAAUCGUUUCUGGCGACGAAAUACCCCAACGACAAGCGAUUUGGCUUGGAGGGUUGCGAGACGCUCGUUCCCGGAAUGAAGGCGCUCAUCGACCGGAGUGUCGAUUACGGAGUCAAGGAUAUCGUCAUUGGGAUGCCGCAUCGUGGCCGUCUCAAUGUGCUUAGCAACGUCGUCCGCAAGCCUAACGAAUCUAUCUUCAGCGAGUUCGCUGGUACUACCGGAGCCGAAGACGAAGGAUCGGGAGACGUCAAGUACCAUCUGGGCAUGAACUUUGAGCGCCCUACGCCAUCCGGCAAGCGGGUCCAGCUCUCUCUCGUGGCCAACCCCUCGCAUCUCGAGGCUGAGGAUCCCGUCGUGCUGGGGAAGACGAGGGCUAUCCAGCACUACAAUAACGACGAGAAGACGCACCGAACCGCUAUGAGUGUGCUCCUGCACGGCGAUGCUGCUUUCGCCGCGCAAGGCAUCGUAUACGAAUGUCUCGGUUUCCACUCGCUACCGGCCUUCUCGACCGGCGGAACGAUCCACCUAGUGGUGAACAACCAGAUCGGGUUCACCACCGACCCGCGGUUCGCCCGCUCGACCGCGUACUGUACUGAUAUCGCUAAGGCCAUCGACGCCCCCGUCUUUCACGUAAACGCCGACGACGUCGAGGCCGUUAACUUUGUCUGCCAGCUAGCCGCGGAUUGGCGUGCCGAGUUCCAGUCGGAUGUCGUCAUCGACCUCAUCUGCUACCGGAAACACGGUCACAACGAAACGGAUCAACCGUCCUUCACGCAGCCCUUGAUGUACAAGCGCAUCAGUGCGAAGGACUCCCAGAUCAGCAUCUACGUGGAGAAGCUACUUGAAGACGGAACUUUCACAAAGGAAGACGUCGAGGAGCACAAGCAAUGGGUCUGGGGCAUGUUAGAGGAGAGCUUCGCCAAGUCUAAGGAUUACCAGCCGACGUCGAAGGAGUGGACCACUUCCGCAUGGAACGGCUUCAAGUCUCCCAAGGAAUUGGCGACUGAGGUAUUGCCGCACAUGGACACAAGUGUCGACAAGAAGACCUUGGAGCACAUUGGCGAGAUCAUCGGCUCUGCCCCCGAAGAAUUCAAGCUGCACCGGAACCUUAACCGCAUUUUGCAGAACCGGACGAAGUCCGUCCUGGAAGGCAAGAAUAUCGACUGGUCCACUGGCGAGGCUCUCGCGUUCGGAUCGCUCGUCAACGAGGGUCACCACGUCCGAGUCUCGGGCCAAGAUGUCGAGAGAGGCACCUUCUCGCAGCGACAUGCCGUCUUCCACGAUCAGGUCAGCGAGGAAACGUACACACCUCUGCAACACAUCAACAAGGAUCAGGGCAAGUUUGUCAUCUCCAAUUCGUCUCUCAGCGAGUACGGCGCUUUGGGCUUCGAAUAUGGAUAUUCGCUCUCGUCGCCCAACGCCCUGGUCAUGUGGGAGGCCCAGUUUGGCGAUUUCGCCAACAAUGCCCAGUGUAUCAUCGACCAGUUCAUCGCGUCCGGAGAAGUCAAAUGGAUGCAGCGAACCGGCUUGGUCAUGUCUCUCCCCCACGGCUAUGACGGGCAGGGCCCCGAACACUCAUCCGGUCGCAUGGAGCGGUAUCUCCAGCUUAGUAACGAAGACCCCCGCGUGUUCCCGUCGCCGGAGAAGCUUGAGCGCCAGCACCAGGACUGCAACAUGCAGAUCGCGUAUAUGACGACGCCGGCCAACCUGUUCCACAUCCUUCGCCGACAGAUGCACCGACAGUUCCGAAAGCCCUUGGUGAUAUUCUUCUCGAAGUCGCUCCUGCGACAUCCCUUGGCGCGUUCCAACAUCGAAGAGUUUACGGGUCCCGAUGCUCACUUCAAGUGGAUUAUCCCCGAUCCCGAGCACGCGGCCGGAACCAUCAGACCCCCCGAGGAGAUCGACCGUGUCAUUCUCUGCACCGGUCAGGUAUGGGCAUCGCUCCACAAGUACCGCUCCAGCAACCAAAUCGACAACGUGGCCCUCACCCGUAUCGAGCAGCUAAAUCCCUUCCCUUGGGAACAGCUGAAGGAGAACCUGGACUUGUACAAGAACGCCAAGACCAUCGUCUGGGCCCAGGAGGAGCCGCUUAACGCCGGCGCGUGGAGUUUCACCCAACCACGCAUCGAAACAUUACUGAACCGCACCCAAUAUCACGACCGCAAACACGUCAUGUACGCCGGCCGAAACCCCUCGGCAUCGGUUGCUACCGGCUUGAAGGCUACGCACAAGAAGGAAGAGGAUGACCUGCUAGAGAUGGCGUUUACCGUGACGCAAGACAAGCUGAAGGGCGAGUAGAAGGGGUGGACAAACAUAAACAAAAGGAAGAAGAAUAAGGAUGGGGGGCAGCACCAUGAAUAGUAGCCGCAUCUGCGUUUCGUGUAUUUUAUCUUGUGUAUAAGGCGGCCUGGGGGGUCAUGGAUUGAGACUACAUAGACAGGCGGGUUACAGACGGGUUUCCCAAUUAUCAUAAUGCACCAUUCCGUACACUGCCCUCUUUGACACGAUGGCGUCUGGCAGGCGCUCUGGAUCGCCGGUCCGUGACAGCAGCUUUCGAUC